AUGUGGAAGGACAAGGGCGAGCCAAGCCCCCUGGAGCAGUUGGAAUCCAAGGAGUUCCGUCGCGAUGCAAGAUUUGCACGCUUCGCACGCACCGUGGAGCUGGCAUUAACCAGCUAUGCGCCUCCCAGUGGUGGUAGCCACAAGCUUCUAGAGGUGCUCCUGAAGGAUUACGGAGGCUCAACCGAGGCGAAACGGCAGCGCCUUAGUGUCAUAAUUGAAAUAGUUUGGGAGCCCGAGGACCAGCCUGUGAAGCCCUUGAGGCAGCUCCUCCGGACAGUGGAGAACGCCUCCAUCGCCAAGGUCGAGGUGGUCGAUCGCGGAGCCUUCUCCAUAGAUGUAGCGGGCAAUGCCCCCCCACAGUUGUCACUGACACUACCAGUUCCUCCGGGCCAAGAUGGUCGGCGAGCUACGGCAGUCUGUCGGUUGCGUCGAGCCAACUCGACGACUUUCGUCGUCGAGGCGGCUACGUUGGGUGAUGCUGGAAGUGGGUACGCAGCGGACAUGGACCUCACUCCGCAGGUGGACCUUCCAGCCGGCGCUCAGAUGCUGCGGGCACCGAAGUUCACUGUGCGGGUGACUUCGCCCUUCCGUGCACUUCCCAAAGAUCGGCGAGCAGAGCUGGCUGACAGCUUGAAAAGCAAGCUGACGAAUCUCCUGCCAUCGUUCUUGCUUCCCGCUUACAGCGAAAAGCUUGGUCGCCUGGUCCCGGACCAGUCGCUUCCAUUGACUCCAGACCCGACGCCGCUGGAGGAAGUGCGGCGACUGGAUGAAGUCUUUGGGGGCGACAGGCAGCUUGAUCGAUUUCGUGCAGAUUUCGUCUUCGCAGA